AUGUCCUCUGGUAGUGAAAGUGAUGAAGAUUAUGUACCUAAAGAACCUGAGCAAGUAUCUGAAGAAGAGUCUGUUGAUGAAGAAACUGAUGAACAGUCUCAAGAUGAAAAACAGCAAAGAAGUAAAAAGAGAAAGUCAGUUCAAAAAAGAGGAAAAAGGAAGAAGGUCUCAAAUGAUGAGACAGAGGUGAAAGAAAUCAAGGAACCAAUGGGAAUAGUUGAACUAGCGAGGGAUCCAGAGGAGGAAAAAAAAAGAGAAGAAGACCUUUGGGCUAAGUUCUUAGAAGGAACAGAUACAAAACCCAAAUCGACUAGCCCAAACACCUGUGCACAACCUCCAAAGUGUAGUUUAGAUUGCAAUAAGGCAUUAUUUGGUAAUAGUGCAAAGAAAGAUGUAGGAAAUGAGAAAGAAAGAGAAAGAAGAAUUUUUGAAUUUGCAGGGGAGACUAUUGUUGUUGAAAACAAUGUCAUUAAAGAAAAAUUAAAAGCCAGUGAGGCUUCAUCUACUGUGAGUAAAAGCAUCCCAUCACAAAGUCGGGCAACUGGAGGGCUAUCAAAUAUUUUAGGACAGCUAAAUAAAAAGAACAAACUUUCAACAUUAGAAAAGUCAAAGCUAGAUUGGGAUACAUAUAAGAAAGUAGAAGACAUUGAUGAUGAAAUACAAAGUCACAAUAAAGGAAAACAAGGAUACCUGGAGCGUCAAGAUUUCCUUGCGCGUGCGGACGUCCGUCAGUAUGAGAUUGAGCGAGAUUUGCGCAUGGGUAGAAGGAACAAGCAA